AUCUAUUUCAUGGUCACAACGAGCUUAUCCUGUCACCGAUAGUGACGAGACUCUUACAAAAUCGUCAAUUUACCUCUGUAGCAGCAACGAAACAUCAUCAUCAUUCCUCUUUCUCUUUCAGGCAAUGUGCGCGGAUGAUGUCGACGAGACAGCCUUCCUGCGCCCUUUCUCAGAACUGAUGUCUUGUAGGCGUACGAAAUCCUGACGAGACAUUCAUCUGAGGAGCCCACCAUGGCUUCACAGCCUAGUCAAGCACAUGUCGGCGUCGGCCUGGGCUUCGACGUGCCCUACCGCACAAGGCCUGCGACGCAGGAAUACAAUCACCAUACAUCACGAGCCCUAGGCGGUGAUGUCGCUCGAUACUCGACAGCCUCUGCUUAUCAGAUCCAUAGCCAGAUCCACGGCAGCACCUCUCACCAGACCAAUGGCGCCUCUCCCAGAAUCAUACCAGAAGCCGAAGAUUACCUGUCCGCACGACCCGCGCCUCUACACCGGACGAAGAGCGAUCUUGGUCCACGAGCAAAAGGAGGAAUCGCUAGUCCACCCUCGGAGGAUAAGCUGGCGCACAUUCGACAUGGUUGGGAUGACGAAUACACGUCAAAUGAGUACCUGUCGCUGUUGCACUCGACCUUCUACAUGUAUUACACGGAGAAGAGGCACGAAAGCAAUGGCUCGCAGUCGCAAGAGUCCAAGCAGUACCCGAGCGUCGAUUGGCGGAUGAAAGAUAGGAUGAAGACCGUCUCUGCGGCGCUGGCCAUAUGCUUGAACAUCGGCGUGGACCCGCCAGAUGUGAUCAAGACCAACCCUACUGCCAAACUAGAAGCAUGGGUCGACCCGACUGGGAGCAGUAGUGGCUCGACAAAGACCAUGGAACAAAUCGGGAAGAGAUUACAAGAACAGUACGAAUCGCUAAGCUUGAGGACCAGAUACAAGCAGUACCUGGAUCCUUCCAUCGAUGAGACCAAAAGGUUCUGCAUAUCGUUGCGACGUAAUGCGAAGGACGAGCGAGUCUUGUUCCACUACAACGGCCAUGGUGUGCCUCUUCCCACGGCAUCCGGCGAGAUCUGGGUGUUCAAUAAGAACUACACGCAGUACAUCCCAGUCGGGAUCUAUGAUCUGCAGUCGUGGCUCGGUGGGCCAAGCCUGUUCGUCUACGACGUCUCUCACGCCGGCAACAUCGUGGCCAACUUCGACACCUUCCUGGUCAAGCACGAGAAAGAGAACGAGGAGGCGAGGAAGAAAGAUCCCAAUGCUGCUCUACAAAACUACGGCGACUGCAUCCAGCUUGCAGCUUGUGGGAAAGCCGAGAUGCUCCCGACGAAUCCAGACCUCCCAGCUGAUUUAUUCACCUGUUGUUUGACCACUCCCAUUGACAUCGCGUUAAGAUGGUUCGUCAUGCAAAACCCUCUUCCCAAUGGCCAUUCUCUCGAGGAUGGUAAAAUCCCAGUACCGGGUCGUCUUCAGGAUAGGCGAAGUCCGUUGGGAGAGCUUAAUUGGAUCUUUACAGCCAUCACCGAUACCAUUGCGUGGAAUAUCCUGCCUCGACCGUUGUUUAAGAAACUCUUUCGACAGGAUCUCAUGGUCGCCGCGCUCUUCCGCAAUUUCUUGCUCAGCGAGCGAUUAAUGAGGGCAAACCAUUGCCACCCAAUAUCAUCGCCACCUCUUCCAGAGACACAUCACCACCCGCUGUGGCAGAGCUGGGACUUGGCCAUGGAAAUGGUGCUUUCACAGCUACCUAUGCUUCGUGAAGCCGAGGAAGGGAAACGUGUGUACGAGUAUCAGCACUCGACCUUCUUCUCCGAACAACUCACAGCCUUCGAGGUCUAUCUCAGCUCCGGACCGACGAAAGACCAUGCGCCAGAUCAGUUGCCAAUAGUGCUCCAAGUGCUCCUGAGUCAGGUCCAUCGGCUCCGAGCUCUGAUCCUCCUGAGCAAAUUUCUUGACCUUGGGCCAUGGGCUGUGCACCUCGCUUUAAGUAUUGGUAUCUUUCCUUAUGUGGUGAAGCUGCUCCAGGCUGCAUCACUCGAGCUGAAGCCCGUCAUGGUCUUCAUCUGGGCGCGAAUCAUGGCCGUCGAUUAUACCGUGCAGAGUGAUUUGUUGAAGGAUAACGGCAUCCAUUAUUUCAUCUCAAUCAUGAACCCACGCUCCGACAUACCAGUUGGGAAUGCCAGCGAGCAUCGAGCUAUGUGCGCGUUCAUUGUGGCCACUUUCUGCAAAAAGUACCCGCCUGGGCAGACAGUCUGCCUCCUUCCCGAGCUUUUCAAUGCUUGCCUGCUCAACAUGUUAGAGCCAGAAAAUCCCUUGUUGCGACAAUGGUCUUGCUUGUGCCUAAGCAUGUUGUGGUGUGACUAUGCUGAUGCUAAAUGGAUGGGCAUUCGGAGUAUGGCACAUGCAAGACUUUGUGAGCUAUCUCUUGAUCCUGUCCCAGAAGUCCGAGCAUCGAUGCUUCAUGCUCUGACAAACUUCAUCGGCAUUCCCGACUUGACAGACCAAGUCUCCCAGAUUGAGGAAGGGGUGGCGUCCUCGGUGCUGUUCAUGACCUCAGACGGCAGCACGCUUGUGCGCAAAGAAUUGGUGGUCUUCCUUUCCGCCUUUGUCAAACGCUAUGAGAAUAAGUUCCUUGUUGUCGCUUACGAAUCUUUGGUGGAUGAAAGAGAUCGUCAUCCAUACAAGGACAAUGGUGCUACUGCGUUCGAAUCAAAUGCUAACUCGCAGGCCAUAUCGGAAAAUACCAUCUAUGGUUGCAUUUGGCUACAAGUUCUGAUACUGUCUGUCGACCCGCAUCCGGAGAUUGCAAGGAAUGCUGCCAUGGUGGUGGACUAUAUCCACGACACUUUGAUCAAUCAAUCACCUCUAGCUCAGUUGGCUUUGAGAGUGAUCGAUGAUCUACUUCGUGCUAGCAAACGAGAGGAGACUCAAUUGAAGAAAGUGCCAUCGAUGGCCUCAAUGCGACAGGUAGAGAAUCGCCCAGGAACACCGCCGCCGCAGAUGCAGAAACAGGCGAGCUAUCUUUCUCUAAGCUUGAAGCGCGCGGGCACAUCACUGCGCAACUUGGCAUUCGGAGCUUCAGAGACACCCAGUGGUUCCAAAGACAACAGUCCUCAGAGGUCACCCAGUAAGACAAGGGAGUCUGUGCAUCCGAUACACACUCCACGCGGCCGCCUACCACCUGAAUGGAGUCGAGCACCUGAGACCGCCGAUGCUCAUGGUGCCGUUGGACCUUACCAGUCUGCAGUCCUGCCAACCUCCGCCGGCUUUGUUGCUCUAGAUCCAAAGAAGAAAGGUCACUUGCCUUUGACGAGUACCCUCUUGGAAUGGUCAACCGAGUACUUCCGCGAACCGCAAAUGCGACCCAACGACCCAGAUGAACCAGGUUCAGCCGACUACAACUCCCGUCUUUGGCGACGUAAUCGCAAUGAGAAGAUCAUUGCGGACAACCAACCUCUCAAGGGUAUAGCAGGAAGCACGAAGUGGACGCGCCUAGAAGGAUUCCUCAACAACCACAACCAGCCCAUGCGCCUUGCCUUCCAUCAAUUCGACGAUCAUCUCGCUGUGACCGACGACAAAGACACAGUCACAAUCUGGGAUUUCCAGCGUAAUGAACAACUCAGUCGCUUCAGUAAUGGUAACCCAACUGGUAGCAGGAUCAAUGACGCCAAGUUCCUCAACGAAGACGACCAACCACUUCUGAUGGUUGGAAGCAGUGACGGCAUGCUCAAAGUCUACCGCAAUUAUCAAUCUUCCUCGGAGGUCAAAGUGAUUACCGCUUUCCGCGCCCUGACAGAGCUGAUACCAAGCAACAAGAACGCGGGACUUGUGUUUGACUGGCAGCAGGGUCAGGGUAAAGCACUGGUUGCAGGCGACGUCAAAGUGAUCAAGGUCUGGAACGCCGCGACGGAAUUAUGCGUCGGUGACAUUCCCGCCCGCAGCUCCAGCUGCGUGACCAGUUUGACGAGCGAUCAAGUCGCCGGGCAGAUUUUCAUCGCCGGUUUCGGGGACGGGGUGGUGCGGGUGUUUGACCAACGUUUGAAUCCACGCACGGCAAUGGUCAAGAUCUGGCGGGAACAUCGUCAGUGGAUCACCAACAUCCACAUGCAGCGAGGUGGUGUGCGAGAGUUGAUCUCUGGCAGCCGCAACGGGGAGGUCAAGUUGUGGGACCUGCGCAGUGACAAGGCCGUCCUCACCCUCGCCGCCACCAGCAACAACAACAACAAGCGUUCGGACGGGCAUGACGGACACGCCGUCGCCGCGGGCGGACCGUCCGGCCACGGCCCGUUGCUGAGAAGUCUCUCGGUGCACGAACACGCCCCCGUCUUUGCCGUCGGCACCGACAGGCACGAGGUCCGCACGUACAACACCAACGGCGACGCCCUGGGCGUCUUUGAGCCCCUCCCCAGCAGGUUGGAGCGCGUCGUCGGCGGCAGUCUCGCCGGACGCGGCUCCCAGAGUCCCAUCGUCGCGACCGCCUACCACCCGCACCGGAUGUUGCUCGCCUGUGCCGCCCUGGGGGAUGGUCAUGUUAGUCUCAUGAGCUAUUGAUCCCCCCCCUCGAGUGGCACUUUGACGUUGUUGAAGACCGCCGAUGGAAACAUUCCCCACCUAGGAUGGAGAUGAAAGACUUUACAAGAGGGCGAAAAAAUAAAGGUCGGAGAAGAACCGAGUGAGGAACGCGGCAUCCUUGACCCCUUUGUUUUGCUUCGCCCAUGGGAAAAACAAGCCCCCCCCCCACGGGAUACAACGAUUGAGAAUGAUUGGGGAAUUCAGGGAUCAGGGAGUAGGGAUUCAGGGUGGGAGUUGUGAUUCUUUUUUGGGUCUUGCUUUUGCUUCGUAGAGCCGGCCGCCCACACUCACCGGCCAAGGGUUUCGCGAACCACGGGGUAAAUGGGUUUGGCGAUGUUGUCCUUCAUUGGCAUUGUCCAUCAUUGUAUGUCAUAGUCAUUCGAUUCGGAGCGGCGACGUCCUCGCUCCACAGGUAGAUGUCGAGGAUCAUGGUGGUCGUGGGUGCUCGCACGAGUGCCGUGCCAAACGUACCUCGGACGAUACGGAUCCUCCAGAUUGCUUCCUCGCGAUAGCUAGGUGGGCUCUUUCUACUCGGUAAUACGUUUAAUCACAGUAAUC